AUGACCGAACUUGAAGACAAUGAAGACCCAAACGACCUCCAAUACAACUCUUCUCUUCAAGGGUCAGGGCUCGUGAUGACGAGAGAGGAGCGUCGUAAGCUCCGAGACAGUAGAAAGGCAAAGGACGUAAAGACCACCGGGCCCCCCCAACAGGGAGGAGGCCUCGGGGAAGAUGACGAUCGGUUCGCUGUGUUGCUUAGUCGUAAUGAAGAUGACUUGCUCCGGUUCGUCGCAAAAGUGAACAAGGUGUAUCAAGAGAAUCUCAAGCGCCCUGCCCCAUUCAUGACGUUUGUAUUGUGUGGGAUGCAGUCCGCAGGAAAGUCCACCAUCAUGGAGCGCUUCUUGGGCUCGGCACUUAACAUUGUGCAGCAAGGUACAGGCACACGUUGCCCACUCGACUGUACUUGCAUUCAUGAUAGCAACUGUCGUAACCCGACAUGUGAGUUGUACGGCGAAGAACUUCCUGAAGCUUACCAUGGGAAAGACGUCCCUGUCGAGGACGUAUUCAAGAGGAUCACCGAUUUCAACAAAAACCUUGGAUCAGAAGAUCGAUUCAGUACCAAACCCAUCUAUCUGGUAUACCGAUCCUCCAAUGUUCAGAACAUGAGAUUCGUGGAUACGCCGGGAAUCAUCUCCAACCAGAGCACUGGGAAAGACAACCGUGAAGAGAUCAAGACCAUAUUGCGAAGCGAGAUGCGCAAGCCAAACACCAAGCUUUGCGUCUUGCUUGAACCAAAGGAGUUUGCCACCAAUCCUAUCUUGAAUUUCUGUGACGAAAGCCUUGGAGGACACCUGCCGCCCGAGAAACUCUUCACUAAUCGCAUGAAACUCAUUGGAGACGCGGACGAAUUCGAAAAGGACAAGUUUGAAAUGUGGCUUGAAGGGCAUGAACGCUUCAAUUUAGACAAUGGAGGCUCCGAGAUGCCACUGAACCAGGAGGUUUCCAAGCGUCUUCGAUUUGAAACGGCAAAGAAGACCAUGAGAGAGAUCAUGCUAAAGGACACGAUCGAGAGACUCCCAGAGGUCUUGAACUCUCUGAGAGCUGAUCUAGACAGGUGCAAUGCAGAGCAGAAGACCUUGUUGGACCGUAAAAAGUUCAAUGAUGCUCAAAACCUUCGAAACAUCGUAAGCCACAUGCUGUAUCAUAUCCAAAAACGCAUGGAAUCCUAUCUUGAUGGUGACUUGGCCAUCUCUCUCAAGUUUCCAGGCAAGCUCCAGACGCUCGAGGACGAAAUUGAUGAGGAAGAAGACUCUGAUUGGUGCUCCAAGGAGUUGAACUUUCACAGCCAGAAAGAAAACCAUUGGCGUGACCGUGUCUCGAAACUAGAGGAAUUCCCUCCGGAGAUCUGUCCGAAUGAAAAAUUUCUGGGCGGAAAACAAUACCAAAGGGCUUUGGAGUUCUUCCGUGUCAUUAUGAUUGAUGCGUUGCCUGACCCUUACCAGCUCAAGGACAAGGUUGCAAAUGUCACAGGAUUCCUUAGCGGCGGCCUCCAGCACGAGAACUGGGAACGUGCCAUGGUUGAGAUUACGCGUGUGUGCUUGAAAGAUGUGUCUCACCCUGGUCUGAACUACCUCAUCAAACACAUUGGUUGUAUCUUCCGCCGUCUGUUCAGCAUUGCUAUGGAAGAUGUCAAGCAAGGCGAAAAGUAUUCCGCUGAGUUCAAGCUUCUACCAGUUGGUUUGGAGCGGUUCCUUGAGAAUGAAUUCAAUGAGAUGUUGUGGGAAUUGAUGCUCAAAGUUUCGGGAGAAGUUCAUUCGUCCAUGGAGCCAAUGUACUCCUCCAUUGAUCCAAACCUUCCAACCUUUCAAUGCAAGCGUAUCUCGGUGGACAUGACUCAAAACCACUACGUGAAGCGUGGAGAUAAGUUCAUCCCGGCAGACGAAGACGUCGAGGAGAAUGAAACGAAGGGUUGGAUGGAGAGUAUCAAGAACCGUUUGAACGUGUUCUCGACGAACAAUAGCAGCUCCGCCAAGACGUUUUUGCGAGAGGAGAAUCGUAAGCGCGCUACGGCCAAGAAGUCGUUUUUGCCUGAUGAACGUGCUGCGAUGAUAACCAAGGAGGAAACCGAGAUGAUUCUGACGCGCUCAUUUGAGUACAUUGUUGGACUCCUGGAGUUUAACUUGUUUGUGUUCAAGUUUCAACUGAAUCAUCAUUUCUACCAAGGUUUCAAGGAAGCGAUCCGAAGCACUUUGAUCGCGAGGGUGAAUGAUGCCGAUUGGAACCAGCUCGUCCGUCCUGACCCUGGCAUUGACUCGCGGCUUGAGGAGCUUGACGGUCAGAUUCGCGGCCUGAGUGACUCGCUCCGUGACGUCCAGCGAAUGCAUCGCAGCAUCUGA